AGCAGCAGCGGAGGAGCCUCGGGCGGAGGGCCGGCCGGCGCCGGGCGGGGGGGAGUGCGCACCAUGGAGCCGCGGCGGGGGGUUACCCGCGCGGCAGCGGCGACGGUGGCGGCGCUACUGAUGCUGCUGCUGCCGCCUCGGAGCCGGGCAGACGAGCACGACCACACGUACCAAGAUAAAGAAGAAGUUGUUUUGUGGAUGAAUACUGUAGGACCAUACCACAAUCGCCAAGAAACAUAUAAAUAUUUCUCACUUCCUUUCUGUGUGGGAUCGAAAAAAAGCAUUAGCCACUACCAUGAAACACUGGGAGAAGCACUUCAAGGAGUUGAAUUGGAGUUUAGUGGCCUAGAUAUAAAAUUCAAAGCAGAUGAUGUGCAGACCAACUACUGUGAAAUUGACUUAGACAAAGCAAAGAGAGAUGCUUUUGUAUAUGCUAUCAAGAAUCACUAUUGGUACCAGAUGUACAUUGAUGAUUUACCAAUAUGGGGUAUUGUUGGUGAAGCAGAUGAAGAUGCUGAAGAUUACUAUCUUUGGACCUACAAAAGGCUGGAAAUAGGUUUCAAUGGAAAUCGAAUUGUGGAUGUUAACCUAACUAGUGAAGGAAAGGUGAAAUUGAUAGCAAAUACCAAAAUCUCAAUGUCGUAUUCAGUGAAAUGGAAAAAAUCAGAUAUAAAAUUUGAAGAUCGAUUUGACAAAUAUCUUGAUCCAUCUUUUUUUCAACACAGGAUUCACUGGUUUUCAAUUUUCAAUUCUUUCAUGAUGGUUAUCUUCUUGGUGGGCUUAGUUUCUAUGAUUUUAAUGAGAACUUUAAGAAAAGACUACGCACGAUAUAGUAAAGAGGAAGAAAUGGAUGAUAUGGACAGAGACCUAGGAGAUGAAUAUGGCUGGAAGCAGGUACAUGGAGAUGUAUUUAGACCAUCAAGUCACCCUCUGAUAUUUUCCUCACUUAUUGGUUCUGGAUGUCAGAUAUUUGCAGUAUCUUUCAUUGUCAUUAUUGUUGCAAUGAUAGAGGAUUUAUACACAGAGAGGGGAUCAAUGCUCAGUACAGCUAUAUUUGUUUAUGCUGCUACAUCCCCAGUGAAUGGCUACUUUGGAGGAAGCCUUUAUGCUAGACAAGGAGGAAGGAGAUGGAUAAAGCAGAUGUUUGUUGGGGCUUUCCUUGUUCCUGCAAUGGUGUGUGGCACUGCCUUCUUCAUUAAUUUUAUAGCUAUAUAUUACCAUGCUUCAAGAGCUAUUCCAUUUGGAACAAUGGUUGCUGUUUGUUGUAUCUGCUUUUUUGUUAUUCUUCCCUUGAAUCUUGUUGGUACGAUUCUAGGCCGAAAUCUGUCAGGUCAGCCCAACUUUCCUUGUCGUGUGAAUGCUGUGCCUCGUCCUAUACCGGAAAAAAAAUGGUUCAUGGAACCAGCAGUUAUUGUUUGUCUUGGAGGAAUUUUGCCUUUUGGCUCAAUCUUCAUUGAAAUGUACUUCAUUUUCACGUCUUUCUGGGCAUACAAGAUCUACUACGUCUAUGGUUUCAUGAUGCUGGUGCUGGUUAUCCUUUGUAUUGUGACUGUUUGUGUAACCAUUGUAUGCACAUACUUCCUGUUAAAUGCAGAGGAUUAUAGGUGGCAAUGGACAAGCUUUCUUUCUGCUGCAUCAACUGCAAUCUAUGUUUACAUGUAUUCCUUUUACUACUAUUUUUUCAAAACAAAGAUGUAUGGCUUGUUUCAAACAGCAUUUUACUUUGGUUAUAUGGCGGUAUUUAGCACAGCCUUGGGGAUAAUGUGUGGAGCAAUUGGUUACAUGGGAACAAGUGCCUUUGUCCGAAAAAUCUAUACUAAUGUGAAAAUUGACUAGAGAAACAAGAAAACUGGGAACUCUGGAUCAGUUACUGUUUCAUGGGGGUGGAACUUGCACAACGUAAAGCGCAAGAAGAUAAUUGGGCUUAAACACUGGGUACUUUGUGGGUCUCUGUUUCGUGGAUGGCUAAAAGUAACAUCUAUUUUCAUUGAUCCUAGGUUCUUACUGACUGCUUUCUCCAACUGUUCACAGCAAAUGCUUGGAUUGUAUGCUAUAGGCAUUACUACAGUACAUGGCUAAUCCUCCCAAAAACUAGCUCAUUAAAGAUGAAUAGACUAGCUCUCUUCAGUGAAGAGGACAAACAGUUUAUUUAAAGCAUUUGUUCCAUUUAAAUAAAAAGUGGGAAACUUGGCUGCUAAAAUUAUAUGAAUAGAAAUCUUUCUGGAAUUUAGAUAUCAAAAAGAUAAUGUUCCAGAAGAUUACUUUUCUUUUAUUUUUGCUGCCAUUGUCAGGAUAGUGGGAUGUUUUUAUAUUUUGGAUCUGGGCUCUCUAUUUUUUUCCAGUUUAUUUGCAUUUGCAGUAUCAACUAUACCUACAUUCAUUUGUUUAAGAGAAUUAAAAAGUAUAUAUAUUAAAGCCUGCAUGUAAUAUAUCUGCUGUCGUUCUAUUUGGACCAAUUUUCCAUUUAUUUAUCUUUAAAAUAAAUUUCAAAUUACAUCUUAAUUCCAUCCAAAGAAGAUACCGUCUGAAGACAGAGAUGUAUUCUCUACAAUGCAAUUUACUGUACAGUUAGAAAGCAAAAUGUUAAAUGAAGAGAAUAUUUGUUUUUAUCAAACAUUUUGAGUUUUACAUAAACAUUUUAAUUGAAUGUCUAAAGUGAUUAUCAUCCCCCUUCUCCUAUCCCCCCCUUCCAAUUUAGUCUUAUAUCUUUUGUUUGGGUUUGAAUGAAGGCUUUACUUAAGACAUUAUAAGAAAAAAUGGGAGGGAGGGGGAGAGGGUAAUAAAUGUAUAUAACAUUAAAUAAUGUAACUUAGUUGUAGAUCCCAAAUGCAUUUGGAUGUACAGAUUUACUACGGAGUACUUUUUCUGAUGAUGAUCUGGUGUAGAAAUAUGUGAAUUUGGGUAGCUUUUUACAUCUUGCUUACCAUUGCAUGAAACAUUGGGGUUUCUUCACUGUGUGUAUGUGUGUGUGUGUCAGUCAUACUUAUUUUUUGGGAGAGGGUUGUUUUCUUUUCUUUCUUUCUGAGGCUUUCACUAGAGCCAAAUUUGUAAUUUAGAGCAUUUAAUUUUGUUAAUCCUGUCUGGACACAUAAAAUAUCUAAAGCAUUACUGCUUUAGAGUGUUCAGAAAAUUAAAAUAAAAUUUCCUGACAAAAUUGUUUUGAUUGUGAAAA